AUGGUUGAACACGGAGCAGAUAUCAAAUCACAGCUGAGAUUUGGAGCUUCAAAGUCAGACCAGGCUAUUGCCCAACUACUACAGUACAACUGCUACUCUCGAUAUAAAGAAGGAGUUGCAUUCCAAAGGCAUUCCAAGGACAGAGAAACCCUGUUUCCAAUCUACAUGGGGCUAUCUGUCUUUGCAAAAACAAGAAAGAGAAGCCUCGUAGAAUUGAUGAAUGAGCAUGGUCUCAGCAUCUCAUAUGACAGGGUGCUGGAGAUUUCAGCCCAGUUGGGGGAUGCUACAGUGAGUAGGUAUGUUGAAGAGGGUGUGGUCUGUCCACCAGUGCUGCGUAAGGGGUUGUUCACCACUGCAGUGAUGGACAACAUUGAUCAUAACCCAUCUGCAACAACUGCUACAUCAUCAUUCCAUGGGACAAGCAUCUCUGUGAUCCAGCAUCCCACUAAGGAGAACCAGGGGCAGGAGCGACAGAAAAUCAGUUUUGGACCUAAGAAAGUCAGGUCAGUCCCAGAACUGCCUGACACAUACACAAAUAUCCUCCCUGCAUCCUUUAAAACAAAGAAUCCCCUUCCACCAAAAUGUCUGAUACCUAAGCCACAUUCAGAUGACUUUGGGACCCAAAUCGCACUUGAGUACCAGUGGCUAGAGAAGGUCAUGGUGACUGAGGAAAUUGAUGGUGCCGUAAACCUGACAUGGUCAGCACACCAUGCAUCAAUGAAGAGAAGUCCAGAGUUUGAAGUAAGCGUUACUGCAUUACUUCCUCUGCUACGGGACCAAGCUCAUUCCAUUGCUACUGUCAAGCAUGUGAUGGAGAAAGUGCAUGAUGUCGUGGCAAAUCUCAACCGUGGCCAGGUUCCUGUUAUCACAGCUGACCAGCCAAUCUAUGCCCUGGCAAAGCAGGUGCAGUGGCAAUGGCCUGAACAAUAUGGAGAAGACAAGUACCUUGUCAUAUUUGGUGGUCUCAAUAUUGAGAUGGCAGCCCUGAAGUCCCUGGGCACACUUCUCUGCAACAGUGGUUGGACUGGGGCCUUGGUGGAGGCAGAUGUAGCAUCCUCGGGCACUGCAGAAUCCCUUCUAUCAGCUGCAAGUGUGACCAAGACGAGGCAAAUGCAUCAGGUCACAGCCUGCAGUCUCUACAAGCUCCUUAAAUCUGCAUAUAAUGACAGCUGUGCAGAUAGAGCAGAUACCACUGAUGAUACAUUGAGCUUUGAGGAGUGGUGUGAAAUUCGCAAAGAGCAAAGUCCACAGUUCCACUUCUGGCACAUGGUGCUGUCUAUGGAGCUAGUCAUCUUCAUGCUCAUCAGGUCCUUCCGUGAGUCCAACUUUGCUCUCUAUUGCCAGGCACUGAGUGAAUUAAUACCAUAUUUCUUUGCCAACAACAACACCCACUAUGCACUGUGGCUCCCUAUCCAUCUCAGAGACAUGCUCACUCUAGAGAACACACACCCAGAACUGGCUAAAGAGUUCCAGAAUGGCAACUUUGUUGUCCAUAAAACCAACAGGGAUUUCUCUGCCCUUGCCCUUGAUCAAGCUCACGAGCAGGCAAAUGCCAUCAUCAAGGGUGAUGGUGGUGCCAUCGGGCUUACUGAAGACCCAUCCGCACUUAGGAGAUGGAUGGUAGCUGGUCCUGAGGUCAGUUGUUUGGUGUCCCAAUAUGAAAUGGAGGCACAAACCAAAGAGCCCAGUGAGCACAGAAGCCACCAUGAGCAAACUUCACAGGCACAGAAAACCUUCAAGAGGAGGGUUGAUAAAUUGUCCCAAACUCUAAAAGACCUCGGCAACCCAUUCCAGGAAGACAGUAAAGACCUGUAUUCGCUUGACACCAAAGAUAUUGCUCACCCUGACUCUGCAGAACUUCUGCAGUCUCACUUGCAGAGAGGUCAGGCAAAAUUUCUGGAGUUUUCACAGGCCCUGGAAAACAAUCCGUCCUUUUUCUAUGAGCCAAUCAAGAAGAACAAGUCUGAUUUCUUCAGACAGGACUCUUCUUCUGCUGA